CUGAAAACACCCUUCAUCUCCGAGCAAGAAACAAGCACAGCCGAGUCAAAUCCAUCCGCAAGCUAGGCAACGUGAAACGAGCCAUUCCUCCCUCUGACUCUUCUCCGGCAGGAAUAGUGGAGUGAUAUAAAGAGAAGGUUAAGGAAUAGGAGAGAAGAUAGUAGAUUUAUCGAUAAUGGCGUCCGGUGAUUUCAGGCUUUUGAGGCCGUUGGUUCACUUGCUGGUUCCGUUGUUUAUCCAUUGGAUCGCGGAGGAGAUGACGGUUUCGGUGCUGGUGGAUGUUACGACUCGAGCCCUCUGUCCCGGCCAAAGCUCCUGUGCCAAGGCCAUCUACAUCAACGGCCUCCAACAGACGGUUGUUGGAAUAUUUAAAAUGGUGGUGCUUCCCAUCUUAGGUCAGCUAGCAGAUGAAUAUGGGCGUAAACCACUGCUUCUCAUUACUAUCUCCACAUCUAUAGUCCCAUUUGCCAUACUUGCUUGGGAUGUUUCUAGAGCAGCUGUCUAUAUAUACUUUGUACUUCGCACAAUAUCAUAUAUUAUAAGUCAAGGAAGCAUAUUAUGCAUAUCAGUUGCUUAUGCGGCUGAUGUAAUUGAGGUCAGCAAGAGAUCUACCACAUUUGGAUGGAUUACUGGACUUUUUUCUGUUUCUCAUGUACUGGGAAACAUCUUGGCUCGCUUUCUACCUGAAGGAUGGAUAUUUGAGGUGUCCAUAUUUUUGUUGGUUUGUGCCACACUAUACAUGAAAAUUUUUCUGAUCGAGACGGUCAAGGUAGCUCCAAGACAAAGUGAAAACAGAUCAUGUUCAUUCAUUGUGCUCGAGGUCUUGCAGGACCGUUGGAACUCUAUGAAAGAUACUAUUUUUGUUUUCAGUAGUAGUACCACUCUUAAGCGAAUUUCAUUCAUUUCCUUCUACUACGAAUUGGGGAUGUCUGGCAUCAGCAGUAUCUUGCUGUACUAUCUUAAGUCAGCCUUUGGCUUCAACAAAAACCAGUUCUCAGAAAUUCUACUGAUGGUCAGCUUUGGGUCUAUAUUUUCUCAGAUCUUGGUUCUUCCACAUAUUAAUUCUCUUAUGGGAGAAAAGGGUGUUCUUUGUAUCGCUUUGAUUGCUUCAAUUGCUUAUGGUGUGCUUUAUGGCUUGGCAUGGGCACCUUGGGUUCCGUAUCUCAGUGCAUCAUUUGGAGUCAUCUAUGUCCUUGUUAAACCAUCUACUUGUGCUAUCAUUUCGAAGGCAGUUAUUUCAAGUGAUCAGGGAAAGGCACAAGGACUUAUUGCAGCUGUGCAAUCUGUUGCAAGCUUGUUAUCACCUGUUGUAAUGAGUCCACUAACAUCGCUCUUCAUUUCAAGCGAUGCUCCUUUUGAUUGCAAAGGUUUUAGCAUUUUGGUUGCCUCGAUUUCUUUGAUUAUCUCAUUGGGCCAUGCUUCUCUGCUCCACUCAGAAAAUUCGAAUAAACUGCCUGAGCAUGAGCCUGGGCAGUAUGGGGAUGAAACUGUAGAAGCACCUCUACUGACACAGCCUUAAGUUGCUUUUGUUAUACAGUUAGUAGCCUUUUGUCAUCACAAGGUUAUAUAUCUGAGGAAAGCACGCUGAAAUCAUCUUCCUACAGUUGAACAGCUUGAAGGACUUUCUUUAAUCGAAGUGGUUUGCUAGGUUCAGAGAAGCUCUACUCGUGUGAGGCAAGAGGAUCUAAACGUACGGUAAGGUUCCCAGUGGCACCAAAUUGGGACUCUGCAUAGCUGCUAGUCCAAGCAUAAUUUGUAUUGUACAUAAUUAAUGGAAACAACGAGGCUUUGUCCUCGAUUUGUGUUGUAGAUAGGUGGAUAUUCUCUAGACAUUAUGAGAUCCAUCAUGUGUCAGUGAUCGUCAAUUCUUGAAUGCUAUGGUUGGAAAAGACAAUUGUAAAAUGACGAUUAAAGUAAGCUGGCAAUCUUGUAGCCAUUGCUUGUC